UCUGAGGAUUCAUUUUUAAAAGAACAAUGUUUAAAUCGGCGAUAAACAUUCACAGUAGAUAGUUUGAGCGGGAAUUUUAGUUUUGCGUUACAGUCCUGGGCAACACUGGGCAUCAUUGUGGACAGCUGGUCGCGUAUUCCCCCACCCCUAAAAUUAGCGAGUCGUCUGCCGCUGCGUUGCAGGCUGAGUUCCAAAUCCGUUGAUGUUCCUCUCAUUUUUGCCUCCCCCCUCCCUCCCUUAUUGCCGACUUGCACGUGUUGUGCUGAGAGAGGUCAGUUCUCUAUUGAGUAUUGUGUUCGCUAUUCAGUCAGUGCUCAGUUCAGUUCGACCGUUUCUCGUGUGAGGUGUUCUCUGUCUAUCGUGUAGUGAUUUGACACUUCUGUGCUGUUACAUCCUCAGUGUUUUAAUUUACAUUAAUUAACAUAUGCCAUCCACAGCUACCGAUGAAGAUGGCUUUUGCAAUUCCAGUUUCUGGGACCCAGCUCUCUCCUGGGAUACAGACAAUCCUCAGCUCCCCUUGUGUUUCGAGAAGACAGCUCUGGUGUGGGGUCCAUGUCUGCUGCUCUGGCUGCUCACACCUCUCGAGCUGUUCGUCAUAUUUCGCAGCAAGUGUAGAGAUGUCCCUUGGAGGUUUACAAACAUAACGAAAGUGGUGCUCAACACGAUGCUUGUAAUACUGAGUGCAUUCAGCUUGUUUUCUUCAAUAAUCCUGUAUUUAAAUGGAGAGAAGAUUUAUCCUGUAGACAUCUGGACCCCAUGUGUGUUCACAGCAACUUUUAUAUUGGCGUUAGUUUUGCUGUUAUGGGAUAGAGUGAGAGGUUUACAAACAUCAGGAGUUCUGUUUGUGUUUUGGCUUACUCUCAGCAUAGCUGGCAUGGCACAGUUUCUUACUGAACUGAGUCAAGUAAAUGAAGAGAAUCCGGAGGAACACAGACACAAGAUUAUUCUAUAUAUGAUCUAUUAUCCCGUUCUUGUAUUGAUGUUCAUUCUCAAUCUAUUCUCUGAUCCAGUUCCUAGAAUAACAGAUUAUCCAAAAUAUCAGAAAAUAUGUCCUGAAGUACAAGCAUCAUUUGCUUCAAAAGUGGUAUUCGGAUGGUUUGAUCAACUGAUAUGGAAAGGUGUUCGAAAGUCUUUGACUGUUGCUGAUUUAUGGGACUUGCGCUAUCAAGAUAGUUCGGACCAAGUAGUGAGACGAUUUGAAAGAAACUGGGAAAAAUCUCUUGGAACCAUCACAGCUAAAACAACUGAUGGAGGCAAGAAAACAGAGUCAAAUCGGACCAGCCCAAAAUCAAACAGAAAAUCUAAGAAAAAGCUUUCUAUAAUAGGUCCACUUUGUAAAACAUUUUGGAUACCUUUGUUGUCAGGUGCUUUCACCAAACUCAUCGGAGAUAUGAUAGCAUUUGCCAACCCUCAGGUUUUAAACCUGAUGAUCGAGUUUGUAGCCAGCAAGGAGUUCAUGUGGAGAGGGUUUCUCUACGCAGUCAGCAUGUUUGUCAUAGCCGAGUUGCAGACUGUAUUCUUCCAUCAGCACCUCAUGAGCAUGUACGUCAUUGGGAUCAAUUGUAGGACUGCAUUGAUGUCAGCUAUUUACAAAAAGGCCCUGCGUAUUUCCAACUCUGCACGCAAGUUGUCUACAGUGGGAGAGGUGGUAAACCUGAUGGCAGUGGAUGCUCAGCGAAUCACAGAGUUUUUACCUUUCUCACACUUACUUUGGAGCAGCCAACUCACCAUUAUUGCUGCUGUCUACUUCCUUUGGCAGCUUCUUGGUCCAGCAGCACUAGCAGGUCUGGCUGUCAUGAUUGUUUUGAUCCCCAUCAACACUCUCAUUGCAAAGAAAGUCAAGACUUUGCAGAUGAGACAGAUGAAGUAUAAAGAUGAAAGAAUUAAGGUGAUGAACGAAGUGUUGUCAGGAAUUAAGGCUUUAAAGCUUUAUGCUUGGGAACCAAGUUUCAAAAACCAAAUUCUCAAGAUCAGAGAGAAAGAGAUUGCUCUUCUAAAAACAGCUGCUCUCUGGAAUGCUUCCACCUCCUUCGUCUGGGUUUGCUCAUCAUUUCUGGUCUCAUUUGCUACGUUUGGGGUGUUUGUGUUUCUGGAUGAACGCAAUGUACUCACUGCAGAGAUAGCCUUCGUGGCAACCGCACUCUUUAACAUCAUAAGGAAUCCUAUUUCGUUCUUUCCCAUGAUGGUGCAGAUGUUAAUUCAGUUUUUAGUUGCUGCAAAAAGAAUAAAUGCUUUUUUAAAUGCAGAAGAGAUAGAUGAAAAUUCAGUUUCCCAUGAUGAAACCAAAGAGGAGCCUCUUAUAAUUGAGAAUGGAUCUUUCUCGUGGGGUACAGAAAGUACAGACUUGCCAAUUCUACGGAACAUUACACUCAAGGUUCAGCCAGGACAGUUGGUAGCAGUGGUGGGAGCUGUUGGCUCCGGCAAGAGUUCCCUCAUCUCUGCCUUCCUGGGUGAGAUGGACAAAGUAUCUGGAUACGUGAACACUAAGGGUCGAAUAGCAUAUGUGCCACAGCAAGCUUGGAUUCAAAACACUACAGUGAAAGAAAAUAUUUUAUUUGGAAGUAAUUACGAGAGCAAAAAAUAUUCCCAUACUGUAGAAGCUUGUGCUCUGAGACAAGAUUUGGACAUGUUACCAGGAGGAGAUUCAACUGAGAUUGGAGAAAAGGGUAUCAACCUGAGUGGAGGUCAGAAGCAGAGAGUGAGUCUGGCUCGUGCUGUGUACAAUGAUGCAGAUAUUUACCUGCUGGAUGAUCCUCUCAGUGCUGUGGACGCUCAUGUUGGCAAACAUAUUUUUGAGAGUGUCAUCGGCCCCAGAGGAGAGCUCCGAAGAAAAACCAGGAUCCUAGUGACACAUGCAGUAACUUUCCUGAACCAAGUGGAUUUCAUUGUAGUGCUGAAAGCAGGAGAGAUCACUGAGAUGGGAACAUUUAGAGAGCUGUUGGCCAAGAAAGGAGAAUUCUCAGACUUCCUAGUGCAGCACAUCACAGAUACUGACGAUCCAGAGCUUGAGUCAGAAAUUGAAGAAAUGCUGGAUGAUGAUGACGAAAGAAUGAAGUUAAAGGAAAAAUUAAAACUAAGUAAAUCGGGCUCAGCAAGAUCUUCAAUAUCUUCAGUAAGUCAACUGCAUUUGAUGCCUGAGAAUGAUGAAACGAUUACCGCCCACAUUGACAAAUUGAUCCAAUCAGAGAAAACUGAAACAGGAAGUGUGAAAUGGAGUGUUUAUAUCCAUUACUUGAAAUCUACAGGACUCUUACUGUCCCUAUCCACUGUUGGGUUCCAAAUCAUAUCACAAGCCAUGGCGAUCUCUGCUAACAUCUGGCUGUCUACUUGGACCAAUGACACAACGGCUGCUGUGGAUGGUGUUCAGGUGUUGGAUAAACGAAACUUUUACUUCGAGAUCUACUCUUUGCUCGGUUUUGGCCAAGUGCUUGCAGUGUUGGGCUGUGCGUUUACACUGGCAUGUUGCACAAUCAUGGCGUCUCGACACCUUCAUUUCACAAUGUUAUCUAGUAUUUUGAGAUGUCCCAUGAGCUUCUUUGACACAACACCAAUCGGAAGACUUGUCAAUCGCUUCGGGAAAGAUGUGGAUGUUGUCGAUAGUGUACUGCCAUAUACCAUCAACAGUGCAAUGUCGAGUUUUGCCAAUGUAUUAGGAACAUUGGUGGUUAUAACUUGGUCUACUCCAAUCUUUGCAUCUGUCAUUGUUCCUGUUGGACUACUUUACUAUUUAGUACAGAAAGUUUAUGUUGCAACUUCCCGGCAACUAAAGAGGAUAGAGUCCGUGUCUAGAUCACCCAUCUUUUCUCACUUCAGCGAGACUGUUUCUGGUGCUUCAUCAAUUAGAGCGUACAGGGUUGAGAGCCGUUUUAUCAAAACAUCAGAGGACAGGGUGGAUGCCAAUUUGGUCUGCUACUACCCAAGUUUAGUUUCAAACAGAUGGUUGGGUAUACGUCUGGAGACAGUUGGAAAUAUUUUAAUUUUAUUUGCUGCUUUAUUUGCUGUUUUGGGAAGAGACACCUUGGAUUCUGGAAUUGUUGGUCUUUCCAUCAGUUAUGCUUUACAGAUUACAGGAAUGCUGAACCAUGCUGUACGGAUGGGUUCAGAAAUUGAGACAAACAUUGUCUCAGUCGAGAGGAUUAAAGAAUACGCUGAAGUUCCUCAGGAAGCACCAUGGGAAAUACAGCCCAGGCCACAUCCAGGCUGGCCCAGCCAUGGCACUGUGCAAUUUAAAGACUACCAAGUGAGGUACAGAGAAGGUCUGGAUUUGGUGCUUAGAGGUGUUUCUUUCGUGGUUAACGGCGGAGAAAAGAUUGGCAUAGUUGGUCGCACUGGAGCAGGCAAGUCCUCUCUCACUCUGAGUCUGUUCCGUAUACUGGAAGCUGCUGGGGGACAUAUUUACAUUGAUGGUCUGGACAUCUCUACAAUUGGACUGGGAGAUCUCAGGUCCAAGCUUACCAUCAUUCCUCAGGAUCCUGUUCUGUUUUCCGGCUCUCUACGUAUGAACCUGGAUCCAUUUGAGGUGUACAGUGACACAGACCUGUGGCGGGCACUGCAACUCGCUCAUCUCGACGAGUUUACUCGCUCGCAAACUCAGAAGCUGCAUCAUUCUAUCAUUGAGGGUGGUGAAAAUUUGAGUGUUGGCCAACGACAGUUGGUAUGCCUGGCUCGAGCACUGCUGCGGAAAACUCAGGUGUUGAUCCUGGAUGAGGCCACCGCUGCCAUCGACUUAGAGACUGAUGACUUGAUACAGCAGACAAUACGUGAGGAGUUCAAGGAUUGUACAGUGCUCACAAUAGCUCACAGGCUCAACACCAUCAUGGAUUCUGACAGGGUGAUUGUGUUAGAGAGGGGAACACUUAAAGAGUUUGACUCGCCUACAAAUCUACUGAAGCGGCCAGCAUCAAUCUUCUAUGGGAUGGCUAAAGAUGCUGGUCUGGUAUGACAAAAAAUGUUGUAGAGUAACUAAAGAAAUAUUAUACAUUCUACUUUGUGACAUUAUUUUAAGGAAAUUUGAUCCCAAAGAUGUCAAUAGUUAAGGUUUUGUCAGAGUACUUAUUUAAUUUUUGGACUAUUGGUACUUAAGGAAAAUAUUUUUCAGUACUUAAAAUAACAUAAUCAAUCUGUGAGGUACCAAAUAUUCAGUUACAGUAUCGCACAACUGUGAACACGUAGCUAAAGUUUUCAUAAUACUGUUAUUAGUUUUACUUUUCUGCUUUAGAAAAUAAAAAGGGAUAUAAAGAUAUUGAAGAAAAGUAAAUACAUAUUUUAAGAGAUUCAAUAAUCUUACAUCACAUAAUUUUUUGUAUCAAAAUAUGCUUUGUCCAAAAUAUGUGACAGUUUCUGAAAACAAUACAACAGCAUAAACAUGAAGUGUCCAUGUUUAAUCAAAUAUAAGUUUAGUUAAGUUUAAGGAAUGUAUGAGGCCUUACUUUUUAGUUCUUACAGUAUUAAGGGAUAAUAAUCUGUGAAAAGGUAUGGGUUCUUAAAACCAGCAAUUAUAAUCACUAAAGUUAAUAUUUUUCAAUCUGUCAACGUGAUGUUUACAUACAAGAAUGGAUAUGGUAAACAAAUGUGACAGAUGCUGUUUUAACAAAUAAUAUCAUAUAGUUUAGUAAGUGUGGACGCAAUUUUGUUAGAGUUGUUUGUUUUGUUAGAGUAAGGCAUUCCUUACACAUGCCUUGCCUUUAAAAUUAUGAACAGUAUAGAAAACAUCCCUAGCUAAAAUAUGCAGUGAAUAACAUCUUAAAAAUAUUUUUUUAAACACAUGUUAAUUUGUUGUUCUAAAUUAGUAAAACUAAGAGUUUUUCAUACUUUUGGACACCUAGUGUAUAUAAUAUAUAAACUUUUACAUUAAAAGUAACAGUUAUAGGUUUAAACAGUGAUGUACAGUAUUUAUAAGUUAAUUUUUGUACCAAAUGAAAGCUAUAGAAGAUAAUUGUUGGUGCCUUUAGGAGUUGUAUUCUUAAGAUUUAACUUAAUAUUAUUCUUAAGUUGCCAUUUUACAGUUUCCAAAUACAGGUUGCCUUAUAGUGUGAUAAAUCAGUAUUUGUUUUAGUAUGAAGAUGUUAUUUUGUAGGUUUUAAGUUAGUCAUAAAAUAAUGUUGUUAUUAAAUGUUAUUUUAGUUUUUAA